AUGGACACAACUCUGGACGAGUUGCCAACAGUGGAAGAGGUAUCUGCUAUGCCGUCUAAGCCUGCAGUGUCCUUCCAACUGGAGCAGAACUAUGAAGAUGAGUCAGAGGACGUCGCUUCUAUCCCCGUAUCAGUUGAUUGGGUACUCAGAGGCCUCCAGCUCGCACGGAUAGUCCCCGACAUCGAGCACUGCACGUUCGAGCCUGGCGAUACCAUCCUGUUCACAACCGACUACACCGAGGACCCCGACGACGACGAUGACCCAACCGUGUACAUCCGCGCAGGUUUCACACGAUCACAAGAGUUGGCGGAGGAGCAUGCUGCCCAGGCCCCAGCUAAGUCCUUUGAAGAGCUUGUCCCAGAACAGUACCGACCGUGGAUUAAGGUGUUCGACAAGAAAGUCUCGGAACGCCUACCGGAACACGGCAAACACGACCACGCUAUCGACCUCAAGCCGGAGUUUGAAAAGCGUCUUGAGACCCAUCCCAUCAACGCCAAACUCUAUCCCCAACCCGGCAACGAGAAGGCCGCCAUAGAAGCGUUCAUCAAGGAACAUCGGGACCGUGGCACUAUCCGCCCCUCAAAGUCACCCAUGGCAAGUCCGUUCUUCUUCGUCAAAAAGAAAGACGGCACUCUGCGCCCUGUCCAGGACUAUCGCAUCCUCAACUCGGGUACCAUCAAGAAUACUUAUCCGCUUCCGCUCAUCGGAGACAUUGUCGACCGCCUCACUGGCGCCAAGGUCUU